CUCGAAAAUGGCGGCAGCUAUGCCUCACGUUUUGUCUCCAGAACUUCAAAAGCGAGUUAACGAAUGUAACCUUUUGGUUGUUGGAGCCGGUGGUAUUGGUUGUGAGCUUCUGAAAAACCUUGUCCUCACUGGAUUCAAAAACAUUGAGCUUAUAGAUCUUGAUACCAUUGAUGUCAGUAAUCUCAACAGACAAUUCCUGUUCCGGAAAGAGCAUGUUGGUAAAUCAAAGUCCCAGGUGGCCAAAAACAGUGUUUUAUCCUUCAACCCAGACACCAACAUCGUAGCCUACCAUGACAAUAUUACCAGCUCGGAUUAUGGAACAAAUUUCUUCAGAAAAUUUGACAUUGUCAUGAAUGCUUUAGAUAACAGAGCUGCACGGAACCAUGUAAACCGGAUGUGUCUGGCUGCAGACAUCCCCUUGGUGGAGAGUGGAACAGCAGGAUAUCUUGGCCAGGUCACAGUCAUUAAAAAGAGUUUGACAGAGUGCUAUGAGUGUCAGCCUAAACCUAGACAGAAAACAUUCCCAGGGUGCACCAUUCGGAACACUCCCUCCGAACCCAUUCACUGUAUUGUGUGGUCAAAACACUUAUUCAAUCAGCUGUUUGGUGAGGAAGACCCCGACCAGGAUGUAUCCCCAGACACCGAGGAUCCAGAGCUAGCAGGUAAUGCAGGAGAAGGUGCGCUGAAAGAGAAAUCCAAUUCUGAUGCAGUGGGAUCGGUAGAGAGAAAAUCUACCCGUGCCUGGGCCAUGGAGUCCGGCUAUGAUCCACAAAAGCUCUUCAACAAGUUGUUUCGAGAUGACAUUAAGUACUUGUUGUCAAUGGAGACACUGUGGAAAAAGCGGAAACCACCCAUUCCUCUGGACUGGGAAAAUCUACCAGACACAGAUGUGGGUACAGACGAGGCAGGAAUCAGGGACCAGAGACUUUGGACCAUAAAGGAAUGCUGCUCUGUCUUCUCUAACUGUCUCAAUGGACUAAAGGAGGAGCUGGCCAAACAGGGAGAAGGGGGCAUGCUUGUCUGGGAUAAGGAUGAUGUACUGGCCAUGGACUUUGUCACUUGUACAGCGAACAUCCGCGCUUAUAUAUUCAGCAUCGCCCAGAAAACCAGAUUUGAUAUCAAAUCUAUGGCUGGCAACAUCAUUCCUGCUAUUGCCACUACAAACGCUGUGAUAGCAGGCCUAAUUGUGAUGGAGGGACUCAAAAUUCUCAAAGGAGAUAUAGAGAAAUGUAAAACAGUUUACCUGAACAGACAACCUAACCCCAGGAAGAAGUUACUAGUGCCAUGUACUCUAGAUAAACCCAACCCUAAGUGCUAUGUGUGUGUGGCCAAACCUGAGGCUACUGUGGUGUGCAAUACUGACAAGGUCACCGUUAGGACUCUAGAAGACAAGGUAUUAAAGGUGGCUUUAGGUAUGGUAGCUCCUGAUGUAGAGAUUGAUGAUGGUAAAGGAACCAUUCUAAUUUCGAGUGAAGAAGGGGAAACAGAAGAAAAUGCUGACAAGAUCCUGAGUGAGUUUGGUAUAAACAAUGGUAGCCGACUAAAGUGUGAUGACUUCCUACAGAACUACAAUCUGGUGCUCAACGUGGCCCACAGGGAGAAAUUAGAUGAAGACAAGGAGUUUGAAGUUGUGGGAGAUAUGUCUGAACUACAGGCCAAAGAGGAGGAGGAGAAAGAGAAGAGCGAGGAAAACAAAGAGGAAAGCCAGUCAAAGACCAAUGAUGUGAGUGACGAUGAGGAUCUGAUGGUAGUUGAUGAGCCUGAGGAUGAAGAAAUGGUCAUUAAGCAAAUGACCAGCAGAAAGAGGAAGGCCGAGGAUGAACUGAUCAAUACAGGGACACCAAAAAAAGUGAAAGUGUCUGACAACCAAGAGGCUGAUGAUGAUAUUGUAGUUUUGUGAUGGUAGUUAUCUUUUUAUAUCUCCAGAACAAUACGCAAUGAAAAUGUAAGGCAGCAGGAGGGACAGUUUACCUAAUGGUGUACCAGGAGGGACAGUUUACCUAAUGGUGUACCAGGAGGGACAGUUUACCUAAUGGUGUACCAGGAGGGACAGUUUACCUAAUGGUGUACCAGGAGGGACAGUUUACCUAAUGGUGUACCAGGAGGGACAGUUUACCUAAUGGUGUACCAAUUUGUCAUUGUUACAUGUUGUGGUCGGACCACUAAUAGUUUUGGUGGAAAGCUGAUCGAUUAUCAGGGACAGACAUAUUUUCAUUACUUCUUUUACACAUUUUGUGUAAAAUAUCGGGAUAGGAUUUUGAUGACUAUCAAGACAAUAUCUUGCAGUGUGAAGAUAAUUGCUUACUCAAAUAUUCAAUAGUGCUAAAUUGGUAUGAGUACUUGUCUCCGAUUCGAUUGAUUACUCCUACCUUUAAAUAAUGGUUUGAAUUCAGAGGACAAAUGCUUCUUCCAACAGUAUGUGUUUCUUUCCUUUUAAGACAUGCCAUUGCCUUUUCUUGUACCAAUUUAUGCAUGUUUAUGCAACAGUCAGUUUGUCUUACAUUGUAAUAUUUUCUGAGAUAAUGCUUUGAGACUGUUAGCCAAGUCUACAUUUAAAGUGAUGUCAGACUUCUUGCUCGCACUCUGGUGAUCGAACCUGUGUCUUACACCACAGAGCAACAUGUUAAACUCUUUAGAACGUAUGGUUGACCCUCAUUUAUCUUGGUACUAAACAUUAGGAUUUUGAUCACACAUGAUAUAAUUUUACAUUUUUGGGGGGAAAAUGCGAUUUUAAGGCUUUAAAGUAUUGUCUUAAAAGCAUAGGAUCUACGAUACAUUUUGUAUUAAUAUAACUGGAUUAUGUGUAAUGAAAAUUCGUUUGAAACUUUGUUUUACAUUGAAAUUUGAGAGAAAUGUGAAUUUUGUAUGUUGAAAAUCGUUAGGUAAUUACUAUCGAUACGAUAAUAUUGAGUUGUCAAUAUUGAAAGUGAAAACUAAACAGUGUAAAGUACAUUUUAAAUUCAUUUAUUCCACUUUAGAAUCGUUUCCCUGAAAACUGAAUAUAUAUUUUCAGGUGAACAGCGUAUAUCCUAUGUCAGAUUAAUAGAGAUAACUUUACCUACAGUUGGAAGGUCAGUCUGAUUAGAUCUCCAGCCUGGGAUAAGAUCUAAUACAUGUUAGUGCUGUCUGCUGAUGUGGACCAAAUUAUUUAAUGUUGUGUAGUGUUGUUUGUUAUAAAAUGAUCGAGAUUCAUGUUAUGUAUUAAGCACAUUUGUUAUAGUGUUAUUGAAUCACCGAGGUCACCAUUUGGUGCAAUAAUUUGAUACUGCAAAAUAAACAUGAAUUUUUCUA